UCGUCCAGGUAUGCCCCUACGUCUCCUCGUGCUGCUGGUCGCGUUCCUGUGCUUGGCCGUCGCCAAGCAUCGCGUGAGGCGCAAGGUGCUCUUCACCAAGAGCAGCAAAUUCUUCUUCCGACUCAACGGCAAAGACAACAUGCUGAACUACACGGACAUUUGGGCGCACGGCUGGGGUUUUCGCAUCAACUACGACCUGCCGCACACGGUGCCGAAGCGAAACCAAUUCUUCAGGCGGGACGUCCACUCGGAUAUCGCGAACUUAGACGAUCCAGUGCUGGCUGGUGCGCUGUCGUGCGCGUUGAGGCCGUUUUGUGAGAUGCUGACCGGACACCGCGGAGAAGGCGACAACUGCGGCGUCCUCUGCGGGAUCGCUUCCCUAAUCGAAAGGACCCGGGGGACCGAGGCGGCCUUCUUCAGGAGCUUCGCGGACGGAUGCCGCGCGGAACGCACCGCCUGUCACGACGUAGGGAAUGAGGGGCGGGAGGGGGCUCAAUAAAUUCCCGUAGGAAAUACCGCGUGUUUUUUUUUUUUGAGCUACCAGAGAAAAUUGAAAAAUUGACAGGUAUUCUUAGGUAUUCGUAGUUCCUAGGAGUAUUAUUU